AAAUACCAAAAUUUGUAGGCAAAAGGCAAAAAACCAUAUUACUUACUGAGGAAUGUAGUCAAAAAUUAAACAAUAUCCAUUUGGAUUUCCAAAAUUUUCUUCUGCAAUUCUCACUUUCUUUCUCUCUCUCUCUCUCUCUCUGAUAUAAAAGAGGCACUGUGUGGAAGCCUCACCCUAAGGGACUCAUAGCUUGGAAAACCCAAAUGAAACUUUUUCUUCAUCUAGGUUAACUUUGGCUCAAAAAGAGAUAAAGCUCAUCUAGCAUGGUGCCACCUUCCAUGUUAUGUAGUGCACUACAUAAAUAAUGCCAUCAUCAAACAGCUGUGAAGAACAGUGAUAAAUUUUCUAGGACCAUUUCCUCAGUGCUGCCUUUCUGAAUUCCCAAACGAGCCCUAAGCUCUGUUUUGAUUGUUUGUUAAUUGGGAAAAAAGAAAGAAAGAAAGAAAAAAGAAUGUUUUGUUGGAUGAGCAUUUGUCAUGGUUUGAAGAAUUUGAAUUUCACUUUUCAUUCUUCGAAUAGCUAAAGCCAACACUUCCAAGUAGCCGUCGCCAUUCUGCUUAUCACCUCAUCUUUGCCCUCUAUUUUCAGCUAUUGGAGACAUAAAUAAAAUCCAGAUCGAUCUUAAGAUAGCCAAAAUACCAAAUCAACGUUUAAUAUCCAUCAACAUAUUAUGAGCCAAAACAAUUGACUAGAACUUCCUAUAUUGAUUCAUAAUGGAGGUUAAAGAGACAGAAAGGAUAGUUAUAGCUAAACCGGUUCCUUCAAGGCCUUCUUGCUCCACUUUUAGGUCCUUUUCCGAGCUCCUAGCUGGUGCUAUUGAUUCCUCACCCUCUAAUGCAUGUUCUGAAGCUGCAGUCAGUGCCAUUAGACCAAAAACUGUGAGGUUCAAGCCAAUGGUGAACCAUCCUCCUAUACUUUCUUCCCAGGCCAAGCUAUCUGGAUCUGCAGCUUGUUGUCCAUCCGAGAAGGUGGAUAAGGGUUUGAAUUCAAAUGGAAAAUCCACUGUGGUCUACAAACCGUUGGCAAAGGUUGUAUCAAAGACAACAUUGUCUCUCUUGGCAAAUCUGGGAAACUCGGACAUUAGUCAUCAACAAGCUCUAGCUCAGGUUGAGGCCCGUGAUGAACCUCUAAACCAAUUUAAGUACCGUUUCAGAUCUGAACUUAACUCGAACCUUCACCAGAAUUUUCCAUCACAAUCAGAAAGAGAGAAGACAAUCGAGUCUUCAAAGAUGGUGUUGGAGACUCUGGAAAAUGAUCAAAAAUCUUUGCCACUCACUAGUAAUGUGGAUCGACCUUCUUACGAUGGAUAUAAUUGGAGGAAAUACGGCCAAAAGCAGGUUAAAGGAAGUGAGUACCCAAGAAGUUACUAUAAGUGCACGCACCCAAAUUGCCCAGUAAAAAAGAAAGUUGAGAGAUCAUUAGAUGGCCAAAUAGCAGAAAUUGUGUACAAGGGGGAGCACAACCAUUCGAAGCCUCAGCCUCCCAAGCGCAACACAUCGGGGGGACAGCAAGGAUUCGUAUCUGAUGGGAGUGCUCAAGAAACAAACAACCCGUCAUGGAAUAACCAACUCAAUGAGAGAAAUGAGGGUUUUGAGGGUAGAAUAGAAAAUCAGAAUGAAGUUGGAUUAGCAGCCCAUAAUACAACUUAUUCUGGCAAAACACCAUUAUCUUAUGAUCCUGUUGGUGCCAGAGCUGUCAAUGCUGGUGUUGGAACUCCGGAGAAUUCUUGCGGUCUUAGUGGGGAUUGUGAGGAGGGAAGCAAGGUGUUGGAGGCAGAGGAUGAUGAACCGAAAAGUAAGAGAAGGAAAAAUGAGAAUGAACGGGGCAUAUCAGGGGAGGUAGUACAAGAGCCACAUGUUCCGGUGCAGGGUUCCACAGAUACUGAGAUUAUAGGUGACGGUUUUCGCUGGAGAAAAUAUGGGCAGAAAGUUGUGAAGGGAAAUCCAUAUCCCAGAAGUUACUAUAGAUGCACGAAUCUCAAGUGCAAUGUCCGCAAGCAUGUUGAAAGAGCAUUGGAUGAUCCAACAGCAUUUCUCACAACAUAUGAGGGAAGACAUAACCAUGGCAUGCCUGUCAAGAACACAAAUUCAGUGGCAUCUGAACCAGAUUCACAGGCUGCAACUUCAAAGGACAAACCAUGACUGGUUCGGUGGAAGAAUGCAAUGCCAACUCAAGAAUUUAUCUGAUGAAGAACACCGGAAAGAGUUCAAGAGCAUCUGAAACAAUGACCAGAGUAUUUUCUCACUCCCACUGCGAUGGUGGGCUCAUCCAGUAUAUCCUAUUUUCUGUAAUUUUUAAGUGAAGGAUUCUUCAUGAAGAUAGUGCUUAUUUUUAUUUAUUUAUUUAUUUUUGUGGAUAAUUAGAAUUGUCUAAUGGGAAAUUUUGUUGCUUUACCACUUGUUGCUUGUUGUUUAGCUUAUGCAUAUCGUUUUCAUCCCUUCUAUUUGUUUCCCAUUCUAUUUAGUAUGCUAGGGAGGUUGGAAAA